AUGAUUGGUAUUGAUUCCGCCACCGGCAGAUAUCUGCACGGUAACGAACAUCUGCGUCAGUCCGUCACCGAUAUUUUGUCAACACCAGUCGGCAGCCGGGUACUUCUCAGGGAAUACGGCAGCAGGUUGUUCAGUCUGCUUGAUAACCCGCAGGAUGAUUUCACACGGGUGAGGAUUGUCCGUGAGACGGUUACCGCUCUUGAACGCUGGGAACCGAGACUGACGAUCCGCCGUGUGGAGGCCAUUAUUGAUUUGUCCGCGAUACCUGUACCGGAUGCGGUGGAGGUGCCGGACACCGCUGUGCUGGUCACUCAGAUAGUGGCGAAAUAUCAGGAACUGGACACGUUGUUUUCGGCCCUGGUGGAAUCAGAUCCGGCGUAUAAAUGGGCGGAGGCGCUUGCUUUUCGGGUGGCGCUGAUGCGCCAGCAGGUCAAUGAUGCAGUCCGGGCUGUACUGCUUGCCAGUGCCCGCAGGAACGAUCUGGAUCAGAUUGGUGCGAAUUUUCAGGUGCAACGUCUGGUGAUUACUCCGGCAGAUGACAGCACUAUCCCGCCCACACCGGCGGUGUAUGAAGGGGAUGAUGCCUUUCGUGAGCGUAUUCAGUUGUCGUGGGCGCGACUCAGUACAGCCGGUGCGAAAAAUGCUUACCAUUAUUUUGCACAGAGUGCUGAUCCUGAUGUGCUGGAUGUGAAAGCCUACGGGCCGGAAACGCAUUCACAGGAAGGGCGUGUUUUUCUUUAUGUGUUAUCGCGAACCGGAAACGGUACGGCAUCGCAACCCCUGCUGGAUAAGGUGGCAGCGUCAGUCAAUGAUGAUGAAAUUCGACCUCUGACGGAUUUUGUCAGUGUCCGUGCGGCAGAAAUUAUUCCCUACGAUGUGGUUGCAGAUAUUCAUAUUCCCUACGGGCUGGAUGGUGAACUGGUGAUGAAAAAUGCCCGUCAGGCGCUGCAGACAUACACUGACAGUGUUCACCGGAUUGGUUCUGUGGCGUCCUGCUCCGGUAUGGACGGAGCCCUGCAUCAGACGGGGGUGAUUACGGUGGCACUGAAAUCGCCGGCCAGUGAUAUUGUUCCGGCGAUGGGACAGGCUCCAUGGUGUCGCUCAGUCACACUGAACAAGGUGGAGGCAACCGAUGAAUGA